AUGACAUUUGAAAGUCCUCCCCAACUCAACUCCACCGUCUGCUUUUACUUGAACCCGGACUCGCCAGACCAGCUUCUACACCGAGACGACCAAAUCCACCAGCACUGGAACGGAGCCGCAAGCGAGUACGUUCUGGGCCGAGAUGCUGUCUGCUCCAUGUUUGCGGCUCUUACUCCAGCCACGCGAGACAACGGAACGACGCGUUUUAUCCCCGGUAGCCACCUGUGGGAUUACAAGGAGCCCUAUCCCGUCGGCCAGGACCCCAGACUCCGCUACGCCGAACUUAAUCCCGGCGACUGCUUCAUGAUGCUGGGCAGCGUGGUCCAUGCGAGCAGUGCCAAUACCACCACCGAUCAGAGACGGGUUCUGAUCUCGACCCAUGUGUCCAGAAGCAACCUGCGCGCAGAAGAGAAUCACUUUCUCACGUAUAGCUUGGAGGAGGUCAAGAAGUUCCCGCUUUGGCUGCAGCAGUUUAUUGGAUACACGGUGUCCAAGCCGUUCUGUGGCUGGGUGGAUAAGAAAGAUCCUCUACGCCUUGUCAACCCCAAGGCUUCGGACGCCCUUGUUUCCGGCUACGGUAAGGAAUACCUGGAGGCAAAGGGUGCUCUUUGA